UAUUUUCCAUUCCUUUCCCUCUGUCCUCUCUCUCUCUCUCUCUCUCUCUCUUUCUCAGAGUUUGUUGAGCCAAAAAGGUGGAGUAGAACCCAGGCCAUCCUCUCAUCCAAGCAAAACUCUAGCCUUGGGUUAGGGUUUUCUCAAUCCCAAAUCCCUCUCAAAUUUUCAAUUCUCAAAUCCUCCCCAUCCUCACCGUCCGAUCGAUCCACUUUUCGCAAAAUAUGGUGAUGAUCUCCUUCAGAAACUCUCGAUUCCAGAUCAAACUCCAUCCCGAUCCUCCGCUUUUCGAUUCCUUGUAGAAAUUCCAGUUCCCGUCUACUACUUCAGUAAAUUCUUCCACAAAUUUAGAGAAAAAAGAAGAAGAAAAUUUUAGGGUUUUUUUUUUUAGGGUUAUGGUGUGAAAAAUUAAGGUGAUGUGAAUUGUAAUUAUGUUGUGAGGUAAUUAGGUUUAUUUCGUGUCAGAAUUCGGUGUUUCAGUGAUUGAUUAUUGUGUAUCUGUUUGUGGAUAUUAUUAUGUAUAUUGAGGAAUUGAAGGGGGGAGGGGAGGUGGGAAGUGGUGAAGAAGUGAAUAGUAGGUGUGUUGGCGAUAGUGGUUUCGAUUUAGGUAUCGAUUUUGGGCGCAAAGGCGUUGUUGUUUCGGAUACGAAGCGGGUUUUGAUCGGAGCUGGGGCUCGCGCUCUAUUCUACCCGACUUUGCUAUACAAUGUUGUUAGGAAUAAGAUUCAGGCCGAGUUCAGGUGGUGGGAUAGGGUCGCUGAGUUUAUACUGUUAGGUGCUGUUCCAUUCCCUACUGAUGUUCCCCGCUUAAAGGAGCUUGGUGUUUGCGGAGUGGUCACACUAAAUGAGCCCUAUGAGACUCUGGUUCCAAGAUCUCUAUAUUAUGCUCAUGGUAUUGACCAUCUGGUGAUACCAACAAGAGACUACUGCUUUGCCCCAUCACUUAAUGAUAUAUGCCAUGCUGUAAGCUUCAUACAUGAAAAUGCGUCUUGUGGAAGAACUACAUAUGUUCACUGCAAAGCCGGACGGGGCCGCAGCACUACUGUUGUAAUAUGCUACCUGGUGCAACACAAGCAGAUGACACCUGAUGCUGCAUAUGACUAUGUGAGAUCAAUCCGGCCGAGGGUGCUUUUAGCAUCCUCCCAGUGGCAGGCUGUCUUGGAAUACUAUCAUCUUAUUGUGAAAAAAGCUUUUAUCUACACCCACAUGACUGAUCUAAUAAUGAAAGCUCCAAGAUCAGCAGCUUCACAAGAUCUUAUUGCAUUUGAUGAUGGAUCUGUGGUUGUUGUAACUGAAUCAGAUCUUGAAGGAUAUGACUCAAGUCUUGAUUCAGGUGCUGUGGGAAGUGAGAUAUGGGCAGAUUUAAGUGUGAUAUACCGGGUUCGAGUUGCCGGUCAGGCGGCUCUGGCAAGAAUCUCAUGCAUGUGGGUUGGCUGCCGUGCACAAGAGAGGAUUUCAGGGGAGAAGUUGCGCAGCGAGAGUAGCUGCUCGAUCAGGGCUGGUCAUCUAGGAGGAAUUAGUGUGGAUAUCCAAGUCUACUGAGACAAACCUCCGAAAUUGCAUAGAAGAUGUUUGAUAAAGUUUUCUGUCCUUUUAACAUUUCCCCUUGCGUACAGGAAAAGGCAAAUAAUGUUUUUACUUUAGGCAGUUCUGAAACUCUGGUUUUUCUCCCAUGUAAAUUGAGUUGUUACUUUUCUCUUGAAUGAAAAAUGUAAGAAAGUUGAGCAUUA